CUAUGGUCAAAUAUCUACAUUCAUUUUUUUCUAUGGAUUAUUAAAUCUUUAAAAUAGCUAUUGUUUUCUUUUGAAUAUUCUUUUCCCAAUAAAUUUAUUUUUUUAGUUAUUAAAAAAUGUUGUAAUUAUUUUAAAAUGCUUAUUAAUAUUUAUUUUUUUACCGUGUUUUUUGUUUUUCUUGUAGAAGGUAAAUUAGAAUUAGAAAUUAAUAAGAAAAAUGAUGACAUGAUAUACCCAGUAUCGUCAGAUAUUGAAGAAAAAAUUGGAAAUCGGUUUUCUUUAGUCUGUGAAUUGGUGACCACAACUAACGAAACUAGUUUUGAUGAUCAGUUAUCAUGGAAAAAGGAUGAUGAAAAUUUAAAAAACAUCGAGAGUUUUAAUGAAGCAGUUAGAAAUUCUGAAGUCAAAGAAAUUAAUAAAUCUGAAAGGAAGUUCGAUCCCUUGCAAGCCGAGGACCAAGGCAAAUAUAUCUGUAUUAGUCGUAAAUUUAACUUGCAUAAAGCAGUAAAAAUAUUAGUGAGAGAUGAAAUUAAAAGAAGAUAUAAAAAACCCAUGUAUGAAACUAGUUAUUGCAAUGAACACAUGUUCCAGUGUGUAUCAACAGGAGUGUGUAUAAUUCAACAUUAUGUGUGCGACGGUGUUGCAGAUUGUAAAGAUGGAUCUGAUGAAAGUGUGGCAACAUGCACUAAAAACCCUUGCAAAGAUAAAAUACCAUGUGAUGAUGGAAGAUGUAUUCCAAUGAUGUGGUGUUGCGAUCGUCAUCAUGAUCCAAACUGCAAUGUAACGGUUCGACCAAAAUGCUGUCAUGGACUACCAGAUUCAUAUGAAGAAAUGGAAUUGGGUUUUCCAAAUGUACCUCAAACUCAGCACACUGCUAGGUAUCUCUUUAUAUUAGUUUGUGUGGUCAGCAUUCUGUUUUCUAUAAUCCUUCUCCUGCUAAUAAUAUCUAAAGUAUUAAUUUUUGCUAAGAAAAGCGCUAUACAGCAACAAAGGCACAGCCUGUGCGAAAAUAUAGCGCUUCGCAAUCAAACAAAUAUUAACGUAAUUCCUUGUGAUAUUUACGCAUAUCGAAAUUCUAGGACGCCGCGUAAUAAUAUAGUUCGCAAUAUUAUUAUCGAUACGUCCGAUGUAAACGAUCCUCUACUUUUUAAUCCUGCCCGCUUCAAUGUGAUAAACGCUAGUAGUGCUUAUGAUCAACCACCCUCGUACAUUGACGUUAUCAGAAGUAACAGCUUGUUAGCAGAACCACCGCCGCCAUAUAAAAGCCAAGAAAGGAUCAACACUACGAAUAACGAAAGCAGAAAUGAAAAUUAACUUAUUUGUGCCAAUUGAGCAUGUGUGAUUUUGAUAUGAUUAGCUCCAGUUAGGACACUAAUAAGUUGAAGUGUUAUUCCUGAUUCUAUUUUUAUAAAUACGUUUUUAAUGAAAAAUUAUUAUUAACACACAGAGCUGCAACAAGUCAGUUUUAAAAAUACUUAAGUCUUAAGUCAAUUUCAAUAUACUGUUCAAAUGACUUAAGUUUUAAGUCUUUAACUUAAGUCAUUUUCUUUCAAGUCAACUCAUUUUUGUAAAGACUUAAAUCAAUAUAACGUUAAUUAAGUUUUUUUU